AUGUCUUCUUCCCCAGAUCAAACAUUUGAUCCUCAUCCAAACACUCAUCCCGUCUCCUCUACUAAAAAUGCCCUCAUUGCUCUCAACAUUACCGCACCAAUCAAUGAGAAACUGACGCCAUCCACCUUUCCUCAAUGGAGAGCACAAUUCCAAGCUCUUCUUAUAGGAUAUAAUCUACUUGACUAUGUCAAUGGAAUUUUCCAUUGCCCCUCAACUGUUGGCACCUCUUUCACCGAGUUGAAUAAAACUCAUUGGAGAGGAAAUCGCUCCAUCCCUGCUUAUUUGCAUGAGGUGAAAGCCCUUGCCAUUGAGAUUGCACUCAUCAAUCAUCCAAUAUCUGAUAAUGAUCUUACCCUUUAUAUUCUUAAUGGAUUAGGUUCUAAUUUUAGGGAAAUUGCUGCACCGAUUCAAACAUGGGAAACAUUUCUAGCUUUCGAAGAGCUUUACGAUAUUCUUGUGGGUCAUGAAAGUUACCUACGACACUUGGAGACUGCAAACCAGUAG